AUGACAAAUCUCACAGUUGUGACUGAAUUUUUCCUUAUAGGAUUUUCUACUAAUAAAACUAUGUAUGUUUUGCAUUCAGUGCUCUUCAUAAUGAUUUACUUGGUUGCUUUGAUGGGGAAUGUACUUAUUAUUUUGAUUACAAGUUUGGACAAGUACCUCCACACUCCAAUGUACUUUUUCUUGAAGAAUUUAUCCUUCUUGGAUCUCUGCCUCAUUUCAGUCACAAUCCCUAAAUCCAUCAUCAACUCUUUGACCCAAAACAAUUCCAUCUCGUUCUUUGGCUGUGUCACCCAAGUUUUACUAGUAGUAUUUUCAACAGCUGCAGAGCUGUUUCUCCUUACAGUAAUGUCCUUCGACCGCUAUGCUGCCAUUUGUCAUCCCCUGCAUUAUGAUGUCAUCAUGAAGAGGGAUGUGUGUUUGCAGAUGGCAACUAUGUCUUGGCUGGGUGGAGUUGUGUUUGCAGUGAUGCACACAGCUGGAACCUUCUCUUUAUCCUUCUGCAGUUCCAACAUGAUCCAUCAGUUUUUCUGUGACAUCCCCCAGUUGUUAGCUAUUUCUUGCUCAGAAAGUUUAUUAAGUGAAAUAAUUCCCAUUCUCAUUAGUGUGGUGAUAGAUAUCUGCUGUUUUAUUUUCAUCAUUAUUUCCUAUGUCUAUAUCUUCUCCACUGUCAAAAAAAUUCCAUCAACAGAAGGCCAGUCAAAAGCCUACAUUACUUGUUUUCCACACCUGGUUGUUGUUGUAUUAUUCCUCUCCACUGGCUUCAUUGCUUAUCUAAAGCCAACCUCAAAUUCUCCAUCUAUUUCUGAUCUUAUAAUUACUGUAUUUUACACUAUAGUUCCCCCAACAUUGAAUCCCAUCAUAUACAGUUUGAGAAACAAGGCCAUGAAAAUAGCACUGAGAAUGUUGGUAGAGGGAAAACUUAUCCAAAAAUAA